ACAGUGAACGUCGUCGUUGCUCAGCCGUGCUCUCUUGUUCAUCUUCUCCCGCGCGACCGACUCCGAAGUCGCAGACUCCCUCGCCAGCGAACACUCGAGACUCGCAAACCGCUCCGAGCACACACACCUGUACGUCCGCGUGUCUGUGUGCCCGCGUUAGUGUUCGCCGCCGAUUAGACGCAGUUAAUUGUUUUCCCGUUCGUUUUGUCCAACUCGCCGUCCAAUCACCCGAGUGCUCGACGCCGCCCAGCGCGAGCCCGCGUGUGAUUCACCGUCGACGCACACACGACACGUUCGUCUCGUCACCCACGACACCCAGUUGUUUAUAUGGUGUUAUAUGAUAGUCUGAUGGCGCCCAUUUUGGGGACCCCCAAGUCCGAGCCGUUCAUGACAUCCUCAGCGGACGUGGACGACAUGACCAUCAAGGGAAAUGUAAACGACGAUCAGAUACAUAUAGUGUUAAACGCGCUACUAGAACGUUACAAUAUUGGUCAUCUGCCCAGAGACGAACAAGAAGUGCGUUCGCUGUUCGUGGACGCGUACCACCGGCUGAAGGACAAUUGCGGCGCGCAACAACAGCAGCGUGAGGCUGCGGCGCCCACAACCACCGACGUUGUCCUUCUGCAGAUCAUGCGACAAGUGUUUGACUUACACCCAGACUGGCUGGACCGACGCAACAACAACCAGCCGCCAGCGGCGGCCGCGGCCCCCGUCGUAGACGACGAAACAUCAUCGGUGGCGUCGUCCACGUCGUCGUCCAACCCGCCGUCCACGGCAUCCACCCGACAGCGACAGACCCGACCGUUCAAGUGCACUGUGUGCGGCAAGGAGUUCGGCUACAAACAUGUUCUGCAAAACCACGAGCGGACGCACACCGGCGAAAAACCUUUCGUGUGCUCCGUGUGCAAAAAAUGCUUUACCCGCGACCACCACCUUAAGACACACGUACGUUUGCACACUGGCGAAAAACCCUUCUGGUGUCCGCACUGCAACCGGUUUUUCGUCCAGGUGGCCAACUUACGGCGGCACCUAAAGACGCACACUGGCGAAAACUCGCACCCUUGCGAGUACUGCGUCGCCUAUUUCGAAACGGCCGCCGAACUCAAAGACCACAAGCGGCAGCACAAGGAAAACAGCAAGCCCCGCGGCGCCGUCGCCGGCGGUGUGGUCAAGCCGACGCAAAAACGUCGACGGGGAGCUAACAAUAACAACAACAACAACAAUAACAACAAGGACGUGACGGUCGUUCCGCAAACUACAGUUCUGUCGGACCAAACGGAACCGUCCACGUCGAUGCCGUGGUCGCCGGCCACGCACGGUUCCCCGCCACCGUCGCCCCCACCCACCAUACCUUGUAACUACUGGUCAUCGCCACCGCCUCAACCGCAAGCCGUGUACAUGCACCAACCGCCGGCAGUGUCGCCGCCCGUGCCCAGCGUGCCGACCAUCGAGCCGUACCACUACCUCCAGUUCAUCGCCCGGUUCCAGUCACCGGAACGUGCCGAACAGCAAUUCGGACAGUUCCAGUCACCGGAACAGACCGAGCCCGAGGACUUGUCCGUCAAGCCCCGGUCGGACACCGUGGUCGACGUCAAACGCCACGGCAUGAUCGUCGACGUAACCCGAACGGAUCAGCCCGUCGACCUGGCCAUGGACCUCACGUGUAAAUAACCAGCACUGACAGCCGCGUGUAAAUGAGGGAAAGGAAACGAAAUACCAAUGGCCACGACGCCCCCCCCCUCCACGCCUAUGAUGUCGUGUUUUUUUUUUUAAUUUAUUGAACGCGUAACUUAACAGCUCAAACUUUUUUUUGCCGGUAAUAUGUAGAUUUUCUUUUCUUUUUUUUUUUUCUGACGUUAAUCAAAAAAUUUGUGCAAUACAUAUAAAAAAAUAUAUAAAAUAAACCUGUACAGUAGUUAUUGUAGGCUAAAAUAUUGGUAUAUAUGAAUGUAUGUAUAUUUCUUAUUUUAAUUUAAAAAGACCGUCGGGUACACCCGCCCCACCACAUCACUUUUGUCGUGUAUGCAUAAUGUGUAAAUUAUGUUGGUGCUAGGCGUUUCACCGGUAAACUAAAAGUAGGGGCGGCAGCGAUGAAAUUUGUGUUAAUAAUAAUUGUACAUAUAAUAUUUUAAUUUUAUCUUAACAUUGUGUCUGAAUAUAUUUAUAUAUAUUUUUUUUUGUUUCAAUAACAUUCCCAUUUUGUUAUGUAAAGUACAAGUGCGUAUGUGAUAUAAUUGUUUUUAUUAUUAUUAUUACUAUUUUUUUUUAAAUUAAUGUCUAGCCCAACUUUUCUAUUCCUGUAUUUAUAACAACGAAUAUAUUUUAUCAAAUAUGAUAUUAUCUAUUCCAUGUUUAUAUUUCAUCACUGAUAUUAAUGAUACUAUUAUCAACGUGUUGUACAAAUUGUCGUAAAAUUAAGACUGAUAUUUGUGGAGGAUAACAUUGGGGAAAAAUGUUAGCUCAUUAUAUUACAAUAAUAUAAUUAUUAUUAUUAAUUUCAUAACUUGGUGGUUAAAAAAAAAUAAUAGUGUUGUUUGUGUUUUGUGGUCUGUUCCAUUUUUCACUGUCGUGUGAAAAUAAUAUAAUAGCGUAUAUAAUAUAUAUUAACCUAUCGAAAUAAUAUUUUUUUUUUGUCUUGUGGUAAUUUAAAUUUUAAUACAAAUAAUUAGACGAUAUACCUACCUACUCAUUUGUUAAACGGAAAGUGUUUACGUUGUAAUAUACAAACACACAUUAUUAUUUA